CAUCUAGAUAUUGAUGAAUAAAAUAUCUGUUGACAGAUAUUAAUAUCUGUAUGCACAGGCACGUAUCAUCCUAAAUAUUGAUUAUCAUUCCUCAAACGCCUAUAAAACAUCUCUCGAGGACAUCGACUCGACAGCUGAUGGCAAUUUCUCAACAGAAGGCCAGGCAGUGACACAUGAAAAGGAGACUGAUGACCGACAUGAAAAGGACAGUGGUGACAACGAUUGUUCUUUUGGCCCUCGUGGCCACAACUUCUCUUGCUGAUAUGAGUGCUGGAACCAAGAAUAAAAUCAACACAGGCAUAUCAAGUGGCAAAGGGGUGGUAGACUUUUUGUCAAAACUCGGGGACCCAAAGACACAGAAGGUCUUUGAUUCUCUGGGCAAAAUGGCCAGCUUUCUUGGAGCUGCAGGUGGUCUUAUAUCCUUUGCUCUUCUUUUCGUCCCACAACAGGACUCAGCCGAGCUUAAGUACAUGAAGGAAAAGUUUGCUGAAGUCAACAUGAAACUGGACCAGAUAACGUCAGAGCUGGACAACGUAAAGGACCUGAUCACAUAUGAAAAUCAACGGGCGGUGUACGUCUCAUCCGCAGCAAAGAUUCUUUAUGGGCAUAAAAGGUUGCAGGAGUUUUUGAAUGAAAUUCAGAAAACAUCUUGCUCUGGUACAAGCGCUUGCAACCGGAUACGAGCACGCAUCGCCUCUCGCUAUGUCAACGAUUUCAACGUAAAAAGUGACAUUUUCAAGAUCAUAAAUGGCGCUACAAAGACAACAUCAGCAUUUGGUGACCCACUGCUUAACCUGGUUGGCAGUAAGUUUAAAUGUCAUAUUGUAAAGAUCGAUCAGUUUUCAAACAGCAUUCUGAAGCUUUCUUUCAAAGCCCAGCAAGUCAUUCUUGCACAUGAGAAGCUCACAGGGAGUUCACUAAGCAUCACCCAAAGUAUGGACAACUGGCUAAAGGGAAUCUACGAUUUAAGAGAUAAAACAACGACCGUAAAAACAGCUUGCUUUCAGAACAUUGGAAAUCAAAUGAUCGCCGACAUAAAUGAGAAGCAAUACCAGGUUGGAGUAUCAUCAAAUGACGCAGCUAACAUUGCAGUAAAAACGUUCUUGGAUGACAAGUACCCUUGGCUUGGAUGGGUCGUCUACUCGUAUGGAGCAUACGGUGGAUCUAAACAUCAAGUUACCAAUGUGAAUGGUGCAUUUUGGAACAUGCCCAACGACCAAAAUGAAAGAAAACGGAACAUUAUCGUCAGCUUUACAGACAAACAUGGAACAUAUGCAAACCAAAAGUACAAAAUGCUAAAUGCAAUUGAUGAGAUAAUCAAGAGCACAAAUUUCUACAGUGUACGAAACGAUGCUGGCAAGUUGCUACCAAAAGUUAGAGAGGAGUUAAAGAAAGAGGGUGUAUGGAAGUAUGUCAGCAGUUUGAAUGUACUUCGAAAAUACGAUGGAUUGACGAUUAAGGCAGAUAAUGCUCUUACUUAUGUUAGUGAAGAGUAUACCUUUCAAUCUCACUACAUGUACGAAGGAAGGAAACAGUAUUUAUACGACAAAAUUCGACUGGUAAUAGCAUUGAAAUCAGAAGAGGAAGCAAGUGGUAAUGGGUGUCAGUUAGACUGUAACAGAAAAGGCAAUUGUGCAAGGUUUCCUUAUUCAUCGGUACAGUACUGCAAGUGCCAACACUACUAUCAAGGAGACCAAUGUCAAGAUCAUGCAAAGGCUCAACUGGCUAAGACAAUGGAUGCAAUGCUAGCAAAAACCCUCAAACUGCCGAUGCUCAGUGACAUUGCGUAUGACAUCAAGGACCUUCGUGAAUACAUCGGGGUGAGCUUUGGUUCAUUGCAGGCAGCUGUCAGCGAGUUGGAGAAAACAUUCCAGCAAGCAUUUGAUCACCUUUCAAGGCAACUCACAAACCAGUUCCAAUGGGCAAAUCUAAUCAGCCAAUACAGCCAUUCUCUCCAGAGAAUCAAGUAUUAUGCGUACCGAUUUGAGAGUCUGCCAACACGAUACGCAAACAGGAUUGAAGAGGAAGGCAAGAAAUUAGCAACAGCAGUCCUUGCAACUGAUGGCAUUGAGAAGUGGCUGUAUGACGUCAACUUUCUAUUCGUUGGGAAAACGAACACGCCAGUAUUGAAUCAUCCACCCAUGUUGGUUACUUUCAUGAGCAGGUACCAGGCGCAGGCCUGCUCAACUACCUACAAGAGGGCAGUGGAUAACACAUGGCGACAAAUGGUUCUUCUUCAACAAAUUGGGUACAUGCUUUGGGCUCAAGCAUUGGAGUUCGAAGGGAGGAGCUCAGAAAGUGUCAAAACCCUCUAUGAAACACGAACAGACGCACAGGCCACAAAAUAUAACCAAGCAACAUGCACGUACAGCAUUCCGAACUCGGUUAACAUUCAGUGCUCCGGAGGGCGGUACUUGCAUCCGGGUAUGACCUUGACAACACAAUGCAACACAAAUUACUAUGUUACUGGUUCUUCUCAAGCAAACUGUGCCACCAAGCAAUCAGGUUGUGCAGCAUGCAAUUGUAACGCCGCGGGCUCAAACGGCCAUGAAUGCAGCGAUAUCACCGGUAAAUGCAGUUGCAAGACGGGUUUCUACGGAGACAAAUGUCAACAUCGAAAUUGUGUUUGGAGCAGGUGGUCCGGAUGGUCUGGUUGCAGUAAGGCAUGUGAUUACGGUGGCCAAAAGACAAGAACUAGACAUCAUCAAGUAACGAAACAAGGUCAAGGAAGCAGCUGCACAGGAGCUUCAAGCGAAAGCGCAUCUUGCUUCAACCGCUGUUGCAGCAACCAAUUUCAUUGUUCCAACAGAAGACAUUGCAUUCCAUUGUCACAAAAAUGUAACUACGACAAUGACUGUGGAGACAAACAAGAUGAAUCGUCGUGCCAAGAGCGCUGUACUACGAAAUACACAUCGUGGAAUAGCCAUGGGGGUGGAAAAUCGGUUUACCUUGACCGUCAUCGUGUAAAUUGUGGUGGAGCCGGUAACGUACUCAAAAUGUUUCAUUUGGAGAGAAGUGGCGGUAUCAUCAGGUACAAAUACAUAUGUUGUACACUCAACCAACCAUCAAUUUGCUCUCUCUCGAAAAAGGCAAACGGCUUCACAUACGAUGGAAACGAUGACACUGUUUACUUUGACAGACAGUCUAUUUCCUGCGGUUCAUAUGGAUACCUGAAUGAUUUCUGGCUCUCAAGAAACAGCAAUCAUGAUCAUAUUAGGUUCGAAUACUACUGCUGUAAUUUGAAGCAUAGCAAACACCGAAGCAGGACCAGUUGCUACACAAGUUACACUCCUUUCACAUACGAUGGAGAUGGAAAGAACUACUACUUGGAUAGACAAACAGUACAGUGCAAUAACAGAUACUUCCUAACCUAUUUCCGACUGCAACGCAACAGCAGACAUGACCACUGGAGAUACCAAUAUACCUGCUGUCACGUCAGGGCCUAAGAAUUCUCUUUAUAAUCAAAUAUAGAUAUUGCUUUCAAUAUAAACCACUUUUUGCUUUUUAGGCAUUAAAGCCCUAUAUAAACGCUGUAUCAACAUAACAUAGCAUGAGAAGAAA